AUGAAGUUCUCCACCACUCUGAUUGCCUUCGUUGCCGCCGGCCUCGCCAGCGCCCAGCUGCCCGAUGUGCCCUCCUGCUCGCUGAGCUGCUUCCUCUCUGCUCUCCAGAGCGAUGGUUGCUCCGAGCUGCUCGACUUCAAGUGCCACUGCAAGAAGACCGAGCUCGUGAGCAGCAUCACCCCUUGUGUUGAGAAGGCUUGCGAGUACAAGGACCGCAUCUCGGUCUCCAACGCCGUCGUUAACCAGUGCUCUUCCGCCGGUGAACCCAUCUCGAUCCCUCCCAUCGAGACCGGCGCUGAGACCACCACCGCUGCCGAGUCCACCAAGACUCCCACCGUCCCUGAGCCCACCACCGCCAAGCCCACCGAGUCUGCCAGCUCCAGCGAGGGUGAGAGCUCCACCACCUCUGCCGCCGGAACCACCACCGCCGCCGGUACCCCCAUUGGCUCCUCCUCCGGUGUUGCCUCCUCCACCCCUCUGGUGACCAAGACUGGCGCCGCCCCCUCUUCCUCUUCCCCCGCCUUCAACGGCGCUGGCAGUGUCAAGGGCAACAUGGCUGGUGUUGCUGCCCUCGCCGCCGCUGCCGCUUACGUCCUGUAA